UCGCCUAUCAUUUUCAGUCCAGCUAGGCCAUAUCCCAAUCUAUUAUUUUUCGUACAUUCAUUUCAAUUCAUUAACUAGCUCAACCUAGCAAAAUGACAAGAUUGGAAAAAGAUUCCCAGCUUCAACUCGGCAUAAAACAUCAAACUGAUCAAAGCUAGCAGACAAUAGGAUGGCAACAUAAAAUGUUCUCUGAUCUGUAUUGGCAGCAAAACAUUCAAACAAUCAAGAAUGGGAAACCCACAUAUCCUAGUCAUUCCUUAUCCGGCUCAAGGCCAUGUAAUUCCUUUAAUGGAGCUAGCUCAGUGCUUAGCUAGGCAUGGCGGCAUCAACAUCACCUUCGUGCUCACUCAAACAACUCACAGCCAGAUACUAAACUCAUCAGCACUAAACAAUGUGGCAUUAGAUGAUGGGAUUCAUUUGGUUUCUGUCUUGGAUGCCUCAGAAUCAAACGAGAGUAGCAACGUGCCCGGGAAGCUGUUUGAAGCCAUCUCCAAAAUCAUGCCAGGGAAAGUGGAGAAACUCAUACGGGGUAUCAAUGCAUCAUCAUCAGAAUCUCAUAUCACUUGUGUCAUUGCUGAUCAGAGCCUUGGAUGGGCUCUGGAGUUGGCAAAGAAGCUGGGAGUCCAAACCGCCGCGUUCUUGCCUGCAGCAGCAGCAAAUUUGGUGUUGGGAUUUAACAUCCCCAAGCUAAUUGAUGAUGGGAUAAUCAACAAUGAAGGUAUUCCAGCAGAGAACAAGACAUUUCAGUUUGCGCCAACAAUGCCAUUCAUGAACACCUCAGACUUUGUUUGGGUUCGUAUGGGAAAUUUGACUUUGCAGAGGGUCGUUUUUCAGAUGAUGUUAGGCAAUAACAAGUCUGUAAAAUCAGCAGACUGGCUAAUCUGCAACUCAGCAUAUGAUCUUGAACCAGGGGCGUUUUCCUUGGCCCCAGAGAUUCUCCCCAUCGGCCCUCUUUUAGCCACCAAAACCCUCAAAACCCCAACUUCUUCAGCUGGAUCUUUCUGGCCAGCGGAGCCAAAUUGCCUGAAAUUCCUUGAUCAACACCCGCCAUGCUCAACCAUUUACGCAGCCUUCGGAAGCUCCACAGCUUUCAGUGAAGCCCAGUUUGAAGAGCUAGCCAAGGGGCUUGAGCUAACAAACAGGCCUUUCUUGUGGGUCGUUAAAUCCGACGAUGCAAACAGGAAACCCAACAUAUCAGAGCGGGGAAUGAUGGUGAAUUGGACACCACAGCAGGAGGUUCUGAGCCAUCCAUCUCUGGGCUGUUUCUUGAGCCAUUGUGGUUGGAACUCAACCAUAGAAUCAGCUAUCAAUGGCGUGCCGAUCCUAUGUUGGCCUUACUUUGCUGACCAGUUUAUCAAUCAGAGCUACAUUUGUGAUGUAUGGAAGAUUGGGUUGGCGUUGAAGAGAGAUAAUAAUGGAAGUGGGAUCAUAAAGUCUGAAGAGAUCAAGAACAAGGUGGAUCAGUUGCUUGGAGAUAACUCGUUUAAAGAGAGAGCUUUACAUCUCAAGGAAGUCACAAGGGCUAAUAUUGCAGAAGGAGGUAGCUCACACAAUAACUUGAUGAAUUUUAUUAAAUGGAUUAAUGCAUAGUCCAUAGCCUAAUCGGCUAUGAUACAAGGAAUUGAGACACUUCCUCUUAAUAAACUUAUGCAAACUCAAUAAAAUCUUUUAAUCAUUAAUUAUAGGCUGAAACGUUUACAAUAAGGAUAAAUGAAAUGAUCAAAUAUUCACGGCUAGAAAUUAUGAAAUUUUUGAC